CUGUGAUUGGUCAGUCGCGCUGCGCGUGAUUUCUAACGCAUGUGCAGAGCGUUUGAAAAAUAUGGCGUCCUCCAGUGAGAGCUCCGAGAACAGCGAAAGUUUCCUGAGAAAGCGACGUGGCGAUCCGCUCGUUUCAGACGGUCUUUCACACGACAGCUGCAGCGAGACAGUGCAAGACGAAGACUCGACCAAAUAUGACAAGAAAGUGGGCGUAUCGUUACAAACCGGGACCUACUGGCUCACACGAAUCGUGCUGCUGCGAGCCAUUGCUUUCAUCUACUUUGUGGCUUUCACUGUCGCGUACAACCAGAACAAACAGCUCAUUGGAGAGAAAGGGCUCAUGCCAUGCAAGGACUACUUGAGGAGCGUGAAGCGUUAUGUGGGUGGCAAGAUUGGCAUGGAGGCCCUGGCGUACACUCCUUCAGUCCUCUGGUUUAUGGACUGGAAUGACAUGGAUGCCAACCUGGAUGGCAUUGCUCUGGCAGGAAUGGCUCUGUCAGGCUUCGUUUUAAUCAUGGGAAGUGCCAACAUGAUUAUUAUGGGAGUGCUUUGGGUCCUGUAUCACUCUAUUGUGAAUGUCGGACAGCUUUGGUACUCUUUUGGUUGGGAAAGCCAGCUUCUGGAAACGGGUUUCCUGGGGAUCUUCCUGUGUCCGCUCUGGAGUUUGUCCCCGGUGCCGCGCCGCUGCCCGCCGUCGCUCGUUUCCAUCUGGACCUUCCGCUGGCUCAUAGUUCGCAUCAUGCUGGGUGCGGGUUUGAUCAAGAUCAGAGGUGACCGCUGUUGGAGGGAGCUCACCUGCAUGGACUACCAUUAUGAGACCCAGCCGGUCCCGAACCCCAUCUCCUACUACUUGCAUCGGUCGCCGUGGUGGUUUCAUCGCUUUGAAACUCUCAGCAAUCACUUCAUCGAGCUCAUCGUGCCCUUCUUCACUUUCAUGGGCCGGCGGAUGUGCAUGGUGAACGGAGUCCUGCAGAUCCUCUUCCAGGCACUUCUAAUCAUUAGUGGGAAUCUGAGUUUUCUGAACUGGCUGACUAUAGUUCCCAGUCUGGCCUGUUUUGAUGACGCUGCUUUGGUGUUUCUCUUCCGCCGUUCUGGACGAGUCAGACAAACUUUACUGCAGAUUCAGACUGAAGAGGCUUCAGGACUCAAACCUCCGCCCUCUAAAGGUAUGUUGAUCAGGCGUGUACUGAAUGUGUCUGUGGGGAUUCUGAUAGCGUAUCUGAGCGUCCCGGUGGUGUUGAACCUGCUGAGCUCCAGACAGGUGAUGAACACUUCAUUUGAUCCCCUGCGGAUCGUCAACACGUACGGAGCCUUCGGCAGUGUCACUAAGGAGCGGACGGAGGUGGUGUUUCAGGGCACGCUGAGCGUCAAUCACACUGGAGAGGAUGUGGUAUGGGAGGAGUACGAGUUCCUGUGUAAACCUGGAGCUCUGGACAGGAGACCGUGCCUCAUCUCGCCGUAUCACUACAGACUGGACUGGCUCAUGUGGUUCGCUGCGUUUCAGACGUAUGAGCAGAGCGAGUGGGUUAUCCAUAUAGCCGGCAGACUGCUGGCUAAUGACUCGACAAUUCUUUCCCUAAUGGGACACAACCCAUUCCAGGACAGAGAGAAACCGAGGUGGAUACGAGGGGAGCAUUUCCGCUAUAAAUUCACGCGGCCGGGCGGUACCGGUGCGGCUCAGGGGAAAUGGUGGGUCAGGAAGCGCAUCGGCCCCUACUUCCCCCCUGUCAACCUGGACACACUGAGGAGCUACUUCCAGUCCAGAAACUGGCCUCUGCCCGGCACUUAUUAAGCCGUGGCCGUGGCAGAACAUCUCAGACAGCCAGUUUGUUUUUUUGUAUGUCACACACUGAAGUAGAUCCUAUUUGAGCUUGACAAAACUGUGCCAAAGACGAUCUGUUACAUAAGAGAUUUCUGAAGGCAACUCUUUUGUGUCUCCGAGGAGCAGAGCAUGUGUUGAAUCGAGGGCUG